AGAUGUUGUGGCUGUGUCAUGCGCGUGAGCCCCGUAGGGCCGGGGAGGCACCAGCUGCCGCGCGGGGAGGAGGCCGAGGCCGCAGCUUGAGGGAGGCCCUGGCCCCUCUGCACCUGUGUAUGGCAGAGCUGGUGUGAGACCAAGAGACAGUCCUUCCCAGCCGCCGGGAUAAUCAAGAGUUUUGGCCGGAACUUUGAGCACACACCGAAAUAGUGAGGAGCCAGUUGAAAAGCACAGACUAUGGUGCUGAAAUUGAUUAAUAAGGAACUUAGUGAUUUGGCCGGUGACCCUCCAGCACAAUGUUCUGCAGGUCCAGUUGGGGAUAUGUUUCAUUGGCAAGCCACAAUUAUGGGACCUAAUGACAGCCCAUAUCAAGGCGGUGUAUUCCUUUUGACAAUUCAUUUUCCUACAGACUACCCCUUCAAACCACCUAAGGUUGCAUUUACAACAAGAAUUUAUCAUCCAAAUAUUAACAGUAAUGGCAGCAUUUGUCUCGAUAUUCUAAGAUCACAGUGGUCUCCUGCUUUAACUAUUUCUAAAGUUCUUUUAUCCAUUUGUUCACUGCUAUGUGAUCCAAACACACAUGACCCUCUAGUGCCAGAGAUUGCAUGGAUCUAUAAAACAGACAGAGAUAAGUACAACAGACUAUCUUGGGAACGGACUCAGAAGUAUGCCAUGUGAUGCUACCUUAAAGUCAGAAUAACCUGCAUUAUAGCUGGAAUAAACUAAAUUACUGUUCCUUUUUUGAUUUUCUUAUCCGGCUGCUCCCCUAUCAGACCUCAUCUUUUUUUAAUUUUAUUUUUUGUUUACCUCCCUCCGUUCAUUCACAUGCUCAUCUGAGAAGACUUAAGUCCUUCCAGCUUUGGACAAUAACUGCUUUUAGAAACUGUAAAGUAGUUACAAGAGAACAGUUGCCCAAGAUUCAGAAUUUUUUAAAAAAUGGAGCAUGUGUAUUAUGUGGCCAGUGUCUUCACUCUAACUUGGUUAUGAGACUAAAACCAUUCCUCACUGCUCUGACAUGCUGAAGAAUCAUCUGAGGGGGAGGGAGAUGGAUGCUGAGUUAUCACAUCAAAGGAAGCAGCAUUAUUCUAGCAGCAUCCAUUCAUGUGUAAGCCUUCCACUGUUAGAGAUUUGAGGUUACAUGAUAUACUUUAUGCUCGUAACUGACGUGGCUGGAAAAUUGGUAUUGAAUUUAUAGCAUCAGCAGGACAGAAAAUGUGAUGUAUUUUAUGCAUGUCAAUAGAGGAAUGACCUGUUCUUGUUCCACAGAGAAUGGAAAUUGGAAGUCAGACACCCUUUGUAUUACAAAAUAGGGUCUCAAACAUUUUGUAAUUUUCAUUUAAAUUGUUAGGAGGCUUGGAGCUAUUAGUUAAUCUAUCUUCCAGUACACUGUUUAAUAUAGCACUGAAUAAAUGAUGCAAGUUGUCAAUGGAUGAGUGAUCAACUAAUAGCUCUGCUAGUAAUUGAUUUAUUUUUCUUCAAUAAAGUUGCAUAAACCAAUGA